AGGGAAUGGAGGAGCACCGGAGAGGUUGGAAUAGGCAAUGAUUUGAAAUACGACAGCCAGAACGAGUAUCUAAGAUAUCGCCAGACAUUUCGACUUUGUAUCAGAGGACUGAAGAGACGUACCUUUGAAAAAGCGACACGACACGUUCAAGACGGCAGAGCAAUUACCGAUAAAGAUCAUAGAUACAAUCAAGAAACUGAGCUAAGGUCGGACCCCAAGAGGAAGAAACACCAAAAGAACGUGGCCAAUACGACACGAUACCGUCAACGCGCUUUUCGCUGUUCGUCCGCGCUUGCCAUGGCAUACUCAUCCAUGGAAUUUCGAACAUCGAUCGCAACUUCCAUAGAUGUUUGUCUAGACAUGAGAGGUUCAGACACUUCGUACGCUCUGGAAAUGGUCUCUACCACUGUCGUCGACAUUUUAGAGUUGCUUGCGUGGACAGAGGAAC